UGGACUUUGGAUAGAAGGCUCUCGAGAGGCAGAGAUGAAAAAUAAAGAAUUGACGUGCAGAUUGCAGAACGCACAAGAAAGAACCAUCUGUUUCCAGAAAUUUCGACACGUUUUACUCUUCGCCCACGUCAUCAUCGUCCACCUCUUCCUUUUUAGGAACUAGAUAUACACAACAUUUCCUUGAAUUUGGAGCAUGGCAGAUUGACGGAACUUGAAACCGGGUAAUUUACUUAUCUACUCAAGUGAUCCAUUCAAACCUUAAACAUAUCCUCUUGUUUCAUUAGUCCGUAGUUUACGACACUAUUAUGCAAGCUAGGUUAUUAUCCGUCGUCGCCGCCGCCGCCGCCAUGGCGAAGCUAAACCGUCCCAUGUUCUUCUUGAUGCCUAAAAAUCAAUACGUCCUGCCACAAAGACACGUUUCUGCAUCAGUUGGAAGAACAGCUGAUCCUAAUGUUCACGCCGGUGAUCUUGAUGACGAUAAUGCAGCAGAGGCGAAAAAAGCGGAAACAGCGAAGGGGGGAUCUGAGAUUAAUCACCCUGGCAUCGGGAAAUCGCCGUUCUCUUCGUCAAAAUCCCCUUGUGGAUCAACGCCGAAAAUAGGAAGCACAGGUGUGAGCGAUCUGGUUGAGCCUAACCUGCAACAGAAGCGCCGCGAUUGCGAUGUCGCAAAAGCAGACCCGUUGAUUACCGACGUUAUUUGCGUGGGGCUUGACGGCGGCCCGUGGCCGGAUGAGGCGACGGAUAGGCGCCGUCAAGAAGAAGAAGACAAGGAAUUCUUCAAGCACCACAAGGCGUCGCCGCUGUCUGAGAUAAGACUUGCUGACACAAGGAAACCGGUUACACGAGCCACAGACGAGUCUGGCGGUGGAGGAGCUGCUGAUGGGGUGGUGACGUGGCGGCCGGAGCAGCUGGAUACGGCGGAGGGUUCGCUGCUACGAGCCAUGGAAGUGUGGAAAUGGAAUGCAAUGAGAGGUGACCCGGAUUCCCCUCACGGGAAGGUUCUUCGUGAGCUUAGAGGGGAAUAUUGGUGACCGGGUCUCACGAGUUCGACCAUAGGACCGUCAUCAUAAUUAAUACGGAGUAUCAAAGUUAUUGUACAUUCUUCAUGUCCCUAUUAAUGACUUUUGUACCUCAAAUUGUUUGAAAAUUAAAAAAACCACACCUUAUUAAAUUAAGGGUGUUUUUCAACAAUAGUGUUAUAAUAAAAUUUAUUUAGACAAAUAUGUCUACUAAUUAUUAUGAAGUACGAUGUAGG